UGGAGAAAAGCUGAUGAAUCUAUGUUAUUUUUAGCUUUUUGUUUUGAGUUACAAGGUUAUAAUAAAGAUCCAUUAAGCUUUAUUUCUAGAUUACCAAUUUAUUUAGAUGCAACAUAUAAUGGUGUGCAACAUUUAGCUGCAAUGAUUUCUGAUUUUGAUCUAGCUAGUAAAGUAAUUUAG